AGGAGUUAAAGACAAGGGUGAAUUGGGAUUUGGGGGUAAAAAAGGGGGGAGCUCCUUCUCAAAUCCUCGCCAAUUUCGAUCGAGAAUAUCGUUCUGCAUGGGGAUUUGAUCUAUUCGGAGGUCGAUCGGAAGGCGGAAUCCGAGGUUACAGUACACGAGAAAAAAAAAGUGGAAGUAGAUCGCAGAGGGUUAGCUAAAACCCUAGAAAAACAUCCAAUUGGCGAAGAAAUGUCCAAUAUUCGUGCUGAUUACUGAAGAAAUUAGAAAAGUUUCCAACUUUAGCUCACUAAAUCGUUGCAAACGCAUUCCUAGGGCUCCAUUUUUCUGGAUCGUAGCUGGGAUUCUUAAUGGACGGUGUUGCGCUCCUUGGUACCAUUCGAUCCGAAGACCUGGAUCGCAGCGAGGACGAUAGAGACUCCAUGGUUGUCGAUACGGCUCCAAAUCACGCAUUAGAUCAAUCGAGAUCGAAUGCCGAGGGUCUCGUUGUUCUUAAUUGUGUCCCCGAAGUCGACGAGGAUUUGAUGAGUGUUGAUGCUUCUCCUAUGGAAUCUGUAGCACAGUCAAAAGAUACAUCAAAGGAUAAUGAUAAGGGAGUUAAGAAACAGUUGAAGAGGAAGAGAGCUUCAAUUGACUCCGAUUUGAUAGGCAAGGAUAAAGAAGCUCUGAUCACACAGCUUCACCAGGAGCUUGAGGGGUUGUUUGAAUACUAUAAGAAGGUUUCGGGACUUAAGAUAAGUUUAGAAGAGUAUGGGCACCUGUCGAACAAUUCGAUGAUUGCUUGCUUGCUAGAAGAGAGCAAUCUUUCGUUUUCCAAGUUGGUGGAGGAGAUUUAUGAGAAGUUGAAGGCGAGAGACGGGGUUAUGUUGGCUUCGGUGCGUAGUUCCGUGCUUUUUGUUGGGCAGAGAUCAAUGUAUGGGACAUCUAAUGCAGAUACUGAUGUAUUGGAAGAUGAGUCCGAAUCAUGCCUUUGGUGUUGGGAGACGAGGGAUUGGAAGCUGUUACCUGCGAGCCUACGUGGCACUUUGAAUAUCCGUCGCACGGCUCGGAAGAAAAUUCAUGACAGGAUUUCUGCUAUUUCUGCAACUUUGUCUAUACUUGCAAAUUUAGAAGGUUGUCAUGGUGGGAGAAGUGAUUUCACUAAAGCAUCUGUAAAACUUGGGAAAGCAUUAAACCUCGACGGAAUUCAAUCUUUGGUAGAAUGUUUGGAAAAGAAGAACGGUGCUGAAAUGGCCGAGAGAGAUGCCAAACUAAAAGAAAAAGAGUUGAUCAAAGAGGCAGAGAGAAAUAAGCGGAAUGCCGAGAAAGAAAAGAAGAAAGUUGAACGUGAGAUUCAGAAAGAGAAAUUGCAUGCUGAAAAGGAGGCAAAACGUUUGCAAGAAGCAGCCGAAAAGGAAGCAAAACGUCAUGAGAAAGAAGAAGCAGAACUGAAAAAGCAACUAAAGAAGCAACAAGAAGAAGCAGAGAGGGAGCAAAAGCGCCGUGAGAAGGAAGAAGCAGAAUUGAGGAAGACACUCCGCAUGCAGAAGCAGGCAAAUAUGAUGGAGCGGUUUCUUAAGAAGAGUAAAAUGAAUUCAGAUAACCCUAAUGAUCGAGUCUCUACUAAGGGCCGCAUUGUUGAUUCUGCUUUGAAAAAUGAAGAGGCAAAUAAUUCGGCUACAUCAUCCAUGGACCAUACCUUUUCUCACCAAGAUGCUUGCGCUUUGGAGGAUCUUUGGAGGUUUCAUGUCGCUGGCUGGAAAAAGUUAUCUUGUAACCGAUUAUCUAGAUGGGGUGUUAGGCGCAAGCCUAAAACUGAGUUGUUGAAGGAGCUUAAGCUGCAAAAAUGCUCCGAGGCUGGGUUCCAUGAAAAAUCUGCAGCUCCAAAUAAAGAACUCUCUAAAGAUAAUGUGAAUCGUGCAAAUGAACUAAGCUAUGAUAAGCUUGUGGAUGAAUUCGAAAUAUCACUCUCAAACAACAUGCCAUGCCAUGAUGGGAAUAAUGCUGCCCCAGCACUCAUUCUGUUGGUAAAGAGAAAGCUUUUACAGUUUGACAAAAGUUGCAGGCCAGCGUAUUAUGGCACUUGGAGCAAGAAAAGUGGUGUUGUUGGACCAAGACAUCCCUUUAAGAAGGACCCUGAUUUGGAUUACGACGCUGAUAGUGAUGAAGAAUGGGAAGAGGAGGAUCCUGGUGAAAGUCUCUCCGAUUGUGAGAAAGAUAAUGAGGAAAGUUUGGAGGAUGAAAAUUCUAAGGUUGCAGAUGAAGAAGAGAGCGAAGACAGCUUUGUUGUGCCUGAUGGUUAUCUCUCUGAAAAUGAGGGAGUUCAAGUUGACUGUUUAGUAGGCAGCAAAGAAGAUGAAGCCAGCAGCACAUCUUGCGGGCCAGCUGCUGAAGUUGAGGAAAUUGAACCUUUAAUUCGACAGCAGAAAAUUCUCAAUAAAUUAACCGAGCAGGCUCUUAGGAAGUCCCAGCCGCUGGUGAUAUUCAACCUAAAUCAUGAGAAAGCCAAAUUAAUGGUGGCUGAGGAUCUUGUAGGGAUUGCUAAGCUCGAGCACAUUUGCUUGCAUGCUCUUUCCAUGCAAGCCUUUCAUGGAAGCCCGAUUAUUGAUUUGUCUUUUAAUGACAAUUUGUUACCCAAGGACCAAGAGAUUUGCUCAUCAAAUAGCAAGCAUAGCCACACUCCGACAACCACAUCACCCAUUCCAGAUUCAGAUUUGCCAGAAAUAGUAAGGCUGAUUCGAUCUUGUCCGCAUGGGUUGAAUAAGUUGGUUGACUUGAUACAGCAACAUUUCCCGAGCUUCACUAAGUCGCUAUUGAAAAGUAGAGUGCGAGAGAUAGCUGACUUUGCUGAUAGUCGCUGGAAGGUUAAGAAGGAAGUAUUGGACAAACUUGGUUUAUCAACCUCCCCAGAAAAUGCUGGAAGAGCCAAAGGAAUAGCUAUGUACUUCUCGAAACGUUGUUUACCUCCGGAAGGUGAGUCCAUGAAAGCUUCGGAAUCUUCGCCACAGCGAUGCUCAAAGUCAAAAGAGCAUCACAACACUUGUAGCCGCAUACAUGAAACUGGAGUAGAGCACUCUUUAAGCUAAACCCUGCUGUGCUAAAUAUUUUGGAGGUGUUUUUGUUUUCUCUUGUGACCGGCCCUGUUUUUCGUGUUAUUGUAUCCCUAUGAUCCAUAGUUCCCAAAGAUAUAGUUUGUCAUGCGCCGGCACUUUUGUUUGGGUGAAUGGGGUAUAUAUAAAUCUAGGAAUGUCAUAUUUUGUUGGUAAAAAUUGGACUGAUGUAAAAGAUGUAACAUUGGUAAGUAGAUCUUAUCUGAAUGGCAGUUGAAUGUGUUUGGUUUUGAGAUUCUCAAAGCUUUA